AUGGUCAUUAGCAGAGAUGUCACUUUUGAUGAGGCUCACAUGAUGAGGUCUCAGAUUCCUCAGCAGUUGGAGGAAAGCCAGACUAGUGGGGUAUCACAGCAGGUGGAGGAAGAUGUGACUCUACAGACUUCAGAUAGCACUGUAUCUAUUGAGACUCCUACAGAGGUGACACUGGGAGGAGAUGAUAUGACAGACGGACAAGUGGAGGAUACAGUGGAUGUUGGGACUCAGGAACAGGGUUAUGUACAGGAGUCCAUUACAGCUAAUAGACCAAGAAGAAGCAUUCGUCGGCUAGCUAGAUAUGAUGAUGUCAUGCCUGAUUCACCCACUACUUUAGGAAAUGAGAUGGAAAAUUUUGCUUUCAGACUAAGUGAAGUAGGGAAGACCUUUACAGAAGUGCAAGUAUUAGGCAAGUGUGCUGGAGCUGUUGGAAACUACAAUGCACAUAAAGUUGCAUAUCCUGAUAUUGAAUGGCCAACUGUUGCAGUUGAGUUUAUUGAGCCGCAUGACCAUAUCAUAAAGCUUUUCAAUGCAGUUGUUCAGUUUAAUAACAUCCUGACUAAUUUUGAUCGGGACACAUGGAGCUAUAUUUCGUUAGGUUAUUUUAAGCAGAUGACCAAGGCUAGGGAGAUUGGAUCUUCAACUAUGCCUCAUAAAGUUAAUGCCAUUGAUUUUGAGAAUAGUGAGGGCAAUUUGUGUUUGGAUAAUGCUAUUUUAUCUGAUAGCUCUCAGCUCGAAAUUGCCCAUCUCUCAUAUGCAGGUUGGGCAUAUGUUAAAUUUGAAUUUGUCACUAAUGCAAGAUGUUAA